ACAGAGAAGCAGCAGGAGAGCAGAAGUUGAACUUACUUUUUCUAUAAAAUAAUAUAUGUCAAUAAUGAGCGGGCCUUUGUGCGGAGGGACCUCGGAGGUGCAGGAGGCUAAUGAUGAAGUUCAGAGAAUCUGUGAUGAGGAGAAGGCAGGUAAAAAGUUCGAAGUUUUCACUGCCAAAUCUUACAAGUCACAACUUGUAGCAGGGAAGAACUAUUUCAUCAAGGUCCAUGUAGGUGGUGAUGAGUUCUUGCACCUGCAUGUUUAUAAGAUGCUGCCUUACGCUGGUGAAAAGCUGGAGUUGCACGGCCUGCAGACGUCUAAAGCCCACCAUGACCCCAUUGAAUACUUCUGAACUCAGAGGGCCCCUUGUGUGACACUGUAAUCAUCGCACAUCUAAUCACAAUAUAGCUGUUGUGAUCAAAUUUUGUAUUUGUAGUAGUUUUAUGAACUGAAAAGAAAUUUGAAUAGAUUUUAGCACUGUUAAUGGCCUUAUAAUGUUUUUUCCACAUAAAUACUCUAUUGAACCUAACACACUUUCUUAUUAACAAAUACUAGCAUAAUGCUAAAAUAUGUUAAAAGGGAAAUGUGACAUCUGUCAUACAUAGAAAUAUGUUCUGUAAUCACAAGAAUUUGCGGUACUUGCAGUGAAAUAACUGGAAUUUUUUUAAAAUACAACU